UUGCAAGCUUGUGCGCAACUGACAGAAAGCCACUAACACAGUUGAUCGCUGGUACUUUCAACGGUUCCUUCCAGAGAGAACACUUAAGUUCUUCCUAGUCAGGACUUAAGCUUAAUCUAUCCGGAUUGCCACUUCCCUGCUGCAGAACAACCAUUUGACUUCGUCCACUCCUUUACCGACAACCCCCGCAGCAUUUGGAACGAAACUUAGAAGCAGGUUCUUCUGUCAAGAACAUCGAUCUUUCGUCACAGUUCUUUAAUUCCGGCUUCGCGAGCUAUUCACCAGAACGAUAUACACUGCUUUGUAUCGUCUACGCCAGUGCACGCUUACACGUCCUUGACCAGUCCUGUCUGUUGUCCAUGAACAGCUUCUCGCCAAUUCUUGUGUACGAUGGACAUUCCGCGACUUGCGCCUCCUUCGAUUAACGUGUAUGACUUCAACAGUGGUAGUUUCGACCACCAGCAUUCCCCCGCCAGAUCGCCUUGUAACAUGCCCGGGCAAUCGUUUUCGGGACCUAUGCCUAUUCCAACGAAUUCAAUGAGCAAUCUCGCUCCUCCGCCUUUACCACCACCCCCCCGAAUCAGUGACCUUGAGGACGGCUACGACGCUGGCUGGCUGCAUGCAAAUGUUAGAGGACCACACAAACUUGCUCCGAUAAAUCCCAACUCUAGUCUUUUUGGCGGUCACCGUCGCCCGGAAGCUUCGCCUCAAAGUGAUAGAAUGGCUAUCGACGAGUUAGAUGGUCGACAAAGCGGUUUACCUUUCUCUAGGAGUCCCGAGGCCCACAUCAGAAUUGAACCCCCACCACCGAUGGAUGAAGGGUUCCGGAACGCCAUUUCAGUCAACAGUCCCAGCCCGAUUUUGAAGGGGGAGAGAGACUUCUCUCGACGAAGCGUGAAGGAUUCAUCAGAUGCCUACGACCAACACCUCUUGUCGAAAAUAGGAAAACCGCUUUCUCCACGACAGUCUAUCAGCUCUGGUAGCGAGAACAAGGGCUUACUUUCAACCCUCACUAUACCCUCGAGGACUUUUGGUGGUCUCCCUUCUCCCGGUGGUUCCGAGGGGUCUAGUCUUGAUGUCAGGUGGCCGAGUAGCUACCAGUCGGGUGGGAUAUCGCCUGGGACCAAGAUUGGCUGGAAAGAUUAUGUUGGAGGGCGAAGUCCAAGCGUUGAGAGUAGUGCCCCAUCGUCUGCGGUGGACUAUGACCAACCAGGGUACAUGCGCGACCUGUCGCGCCGUCGUGGCGGUGGAACGACUCCCCUAUACGACGAAACUACCAGUCUGCCCAGUCGAUCAAACCGAGGAAGCUACGACCAAGGCGUCUUCUCUGACAUAGAAGGCGAAUUCUCAACUGACGAAUCGCUUCCCCCUCGAAUCUUCAAUGUCCGACAAGCAACGCCACCUUAUUUGGAAGCUACCAAGCCAGGCACGAAGCGGAGAGCGUCCUCUCCUCCCCGUGAGCCGAUUGUUGGCGAUAGACAUGUUCUUAACGUGGCCACGAGUAACGGGGACCUCUCCCAGCGACGGACAAGUGGCCAUCCAUUUGGCAACUCUCUAUCGGUCAAUGUUCCUUAUGCGCCCAGUCACGGAAGCCUCUCAGCUGCUUCAUCCUUGAGCCUACGAACCUCUGGGUCUUACUCCUCGACGGCCUUCUCUCUAGGGGGAAGCAGCAUGACGAGCUAUGAUCGCUCACCCGGGGGACUGUCGCCCAAUUCCGACCUUGACACCUUCCAUGAUAAGUCCAUUCUCAACCCUAGUUCUCCCGUGAAUCUCCCGGGCCCGUCCAUCUCGAGAAAUCCCCCAAGUACCGGCACCUUGGAACCAUCUAGCGUCGACACUGCUCGGAAAGUAUCCAUGCAAACGACACUUGCCCUGCCAAAGCCGGCAGGGCCGAAGAUGGGCGGACUGUAUAUUUGCGAUUGUUGUCCUAAGAAGCCCAAAAAGUUCGACAGUCCAGAGGAACUUCGUGCCCAUGAGAUGGAGAAGCAGUACUCAUGCUUAUACUGCAACAAUCGCUUCAAGAACAAGAACGAGGCAGAGCGUCAUCAAAAUUCCCUCCACUUGCGGCGUCACUCUUGGUCUUGCGCAGCUCUUCCUGGAUAUCAAGCAGCGUUCCAUCCCUCGUCUUCUUCAGCCCAAACGAGCUCUGGGCCUUCCCACGACAUUUGCGGGUACUGUGGUGAAGAGUUCCCGAAUUUCCCACAGCCAGACUGGGACCGCAGAUUCGAGCAUCUUACAGCAGUGCACAAGUUUGGAGAGUGCAACAAUGCGAAGAAGUUCUAUCGUGCCGACCAUUUCCGACAGCAUCUGAAACAUAGCCAUGCUGGUACGAGUGGGAAGUGGACCAACAUAUUGGAGAACGCUUGCAUGAAGGAAGAAGCACCUCCUGAGCCCAAGAAUGGCAGUGGCAACGGAAGUGGGACGCUUGCAUCAAAUAAGAUCAACGAGGUCCUCAGUGGUUGCUGACAGCAAGUGUGCCUUGUGGGGACUAAACAUGCCCACGCCGGCCGAUUGCUGAAUGAGGCUAAUGCUCUUAUCAAGAGUAUGCUUCAUCUAACCUUCUCUCAUACAUAUACACACAUUUCUCCCUAACUAUUUCAUCACUGCGCCCGUGAUCC